UCGGUGGCUCCAAGAUUAUUCCCAAGAGUCCAAAGCAGACACUGGCGGACUGAGGGCUGGGCCUAUAGUAUAUAAUUUCGAACUGCAUUAGCAACAGUCUCUGACAAGACUCUGUCAGAGGUCUUGGAGGCUCCAUUAAUAGCCCUAGAUGACACAGUAGUUCGCGUCCUAAGAUGGCGUUCAAUAAACCCCCUUACACCGGAACAUCCUUAAAGACGUUGCCGAAUAGAGGGGUUUCUUGAAACCAGAGACUCCAUGCGUGAGUAGCGAGAGUCUCUGGAGGAUUAGAGCGAAAGCCAACACUGGAGCUGCUUGGUGGAACGGAUGGGAUCUGGAGUUUGAUUUAGAGUAGAAGUAGUAGUAGAACUGAACUGAACUGAUUGGCAAGUAGAGCGAGGAGUAUAGAGGAGAAGCCGAGCGCAAACUGGUGGAAAAGCGCAUGUAUGAAUCGAGUAAGUCGGUUAUUUGUGGGCACUGUGGAGCGUCACGCACCUUGACUUUAUCAUACUCUGUCUGCCCUCCCUGCCCUGUCCUGCUGCCCCAUUUUUCUUUGUUGGCAAUUCAUUCUUUGUUCUACCUUACGUGAACUCCUGAAUCCAUCUCCUCUCACCUCAUCUGCCAUUUUCCCUUGUCUUGCUUCGCUUCGCUUCCUUCCCACAUUUUCCUGCACUCAGCAUACGCAUCUCAUCAAUGUUCUGAAUCAUUGGACAUUCUGGUCAGAGGCGUUUCCAACCAGUCAAGAUUGUCUCAUUCAAACCUCGCUGUCUGUCUUUUACCCGCUGUUGAGCCAUGUGAUGAAGGGACUAAGGUUUCUCUCAUCUCGAUUGCGGUGGACUGAACAGAAGCAUGCUACAGCAUUGGAAUCCCCUGAUUCUAAGCCAAUUUGCUUGCUCAUUCUGGUCGCUACGCCUUACUCAUCUCGAAUUCACUUACACCUGAGGAGAGGAGGAUAAGAGAAAGGGAGAGGGAGUGUCGCGUAUGUGGUUCCUGCCCACGAAUUUGUCAUUGACAACGAUGGGGAUGCAGGGUUUGCGGAUCACGGGAUUCCUGUCGUGUCCUCUACUUCCGCUAUUGGUGCCCUCCUCAGGGUUUAUAUAGAUUUGAUACACUGUGAUACGAAUCUAUAACUCAAGCGUCCAUUUGACUGGCGGAAGGUCUUCUGUCCUUUCGAGAAACGCAUGAAUGAGAAGUGUAUAACUUCCGUCAGGUGGUUGUGAUACCGUGUUUCGUAUCACGAGCAGGUUGAUCCAUGCGUUGGAACUUAUAGUAGGAGCAUGAUGAGUGACGUUGCGGGAGGAUGAGGAGCAUGGAGAUUACAUGGUGUAAAAGCAGGGAAUUGUGGAAGACAGGGAUUUGAAUUGUAAGGGAGAUAGUUGUAUGUCACGAAUGGUUGGAUGGCAUUGAUCACCAUGGGCCUUACUUGCAAAAUAUGCUUUGAAAGAGCUUCGGAUCAGGAAGGAGGAUUGCAGGCUCGGAUCACUCCUUGCGGUCAUGUAUUCUGCACUCAAUGUGCAGCAAUUUGGUUUCGGAGCGAUGCCUCAUGUCCAGUCUGCCGCUAUGCUAUCCCGGCUCCUUCGGCCUUGAUACCUCUUUAUGACCACGAUUCCGGCAUUCAAUCUCCAUCGUAUGGUUUUGAUGAAAAACUUGAGGUUGGGGAGACAGUUGUGUUGUCGUCGUGUGUUGGAGAAUCGCCCGAGGAUAGCGUGAGUGGAGAUGCCCAAAAUGAUGGAAGUAAGAGAAACUCAAAGAAGGGAGGCUCUGGAAAUAGCGAGCAUCAUGAUAGAUCGGAGUCCAAGAAAGAAAAAUGCGGAGAUGGUUUUAGUAACGAUAGGUCCGCGUUGGCCAUGCUCUUUCAGAAAACUGUUAGUGAUGAGGAAGAUGUGCAGGUAAAAUUUGUGCUCGGCAAAUUAGCGGAGCAUUGGCAGCAAGUUGUUGUUGAGAGAGCGAAGCUCAAAGUGCAGGUUGCAAAGCUUGAAAAACUGAAGGCAGAUCUCUCUGCACAAGUUGAGUCUUUGUCUGAAGAGAAUAUGGUUCUCAAGCAGGCUUUAGUAGGGUCAAGAUUUAGACCCACUCCUCGAAGUAGUGCUGCAGAUAGUAGUGCUGCUUGGGAUGCAGAGAAUGACGUUAGCUAUUCUGGUGAAAGCACAUUUCCAGGUUUUGAUGUCGAUAUUGACAGCACAAGAGCUCAUUUUCAUCCUAGCAUGAGCCUUCCAGAUCUUUCAUGUACUACGGAGACAUCAAUUAGUUCUACUAGGGGCACAAGGCGACCGCCGGCAAAAGUUGAAGAGAGGUUAGGAGCAACUAAAUGGGAACUUGGCCACACAUUUUCUAUGCACUCUGGUCCAGUCCAUGGUAUCGCUGUAAGCCCUUCUGGGAAUUUGGUGGCGACUGCAUCCUGGGAUCACUUGUGUAGGGUUUAUGAUGUUCACCUGGAAGAGGAAGUAUCUGUUCUUGCAGGGCAUUUGUUGGGACUUUAUGCCGUAAAGUUUUCUCCUGCGAAGCGUGAUCUUGUUGGCACGGUCAGCUCGGAUCAUACAUGCCGUUUGUGGAAUACCGAUAAUGGAGAAUGUCUGCGUGUUCUUGAGGGACACACUGAUGAGGUGAAUGGAUUAUCUUUCAAACAGGGGACGCAUCUACUUGCCACAGCUUCGGAUGACAAAUCCAGCAUGAUCUGGGAUGCAGAGAAAGGGAUCCCUGUUACAACCUUGAAGGGUCAUCGGAACGGCGUCUACGGAGUGUGUUUUCAACCUUUGGGACAUCUUGUAGCAACUGCAUCUUUUGAUUUCACAGCCAAACUGUGGGAUCCACGAUCAGCUGUGGAUGUGCAAACUCUUAGAGGCCAUCAGGAGGAUGUCAUAGGAGUGGAUAUAGAUGACUCAGGUCUUCUCCUUGCUACCGGAAGUGACGACAAAACUUGUCGUGUUUGGGAUUUAAGAAUGGGGAGCCCUCUAGCUGUACUUCAAGAACACUCCGGGGAAGUUAAAAGAGUGUGUUUUUCUCCAUUUGGGAAAUUGCUCGCUACAACAUCCGGGGAUACAACCGUAAGGCUCUUCAAUACUUCCACUUUUGAGUGCCUUCAUAUACUCAGUUCGCACAGUGAUCAUGUAUUUGAUGCGGCGUGGUCUCCUACAGCAGAUUUCCUUGUCACUGCCAGUCAUGAUCGACUUUGGAAACUUUGGCAGCCAAAAUCGUCUCUGUAUCGCGCUUCGUCAUUGAACCCCAAUUUUAACCGAUUGAGAUUGACCUGAGCACCCGGGUAUAUAAUAUUUGGUUUGUAAGUUGUUCAUCGAAGUCUUGGCGAAGAUGUUUUGAACGACUUCUUUGAGCUCGUAUAACACAUGAAUCCCGAUCGUAGAUUGCCCCAUUGCAGUAAUAUGGAACUCUUGCGUGAAGUUGAAAGUAAACCUACAUCUACAUUUAUUUGUAGCAAGGGGCAAGUAUAUGUUGUAUAGAAAGCAGAUUCAUGAUUGUUAUCAGCGAGCUUACAAGUCUGUAAUUUAGUUAGAUUGAUUCAUCUAUCAACUCAUAUCAGUCCACCCCUACCAGACUCAGUGACGAAAUGUACAAUAGUGUUUUCAGCUCAAAAAUUGAUUUGGAGUCGUAUUAUCUUCUGAUAAUCGACUAGUCCCGCAACCCCCCAGAUUGUGUUCCCAACACCUUCGUGAAAGUACGUGUCACCAAAGGUAAUGGUCGGCUCUUCAGGGCUUGUUGUAAAGUUUUCCUUACCGCUAGGUUGUUCCAGAGGUUAGAUGUUGAUAGCUAGGACACGGAGGAGGGAAUUACCUCCCCUCUUAUUCAUUGGCAAACAAUAGGUUUCAAGAUCUUUGUUGCAGGAUGAUGCGUGUUAGAUAGGAGACGUUGUAAUCUCACUUGCUGGAUGCACGUUUCAGAAGUCCUGACUGGAUCAUGAGUUUGUAUACGUGACAAGUCCAGCUAUGGGUUCACAGCAGAUGAGCUUCUUCUAGUGGCUUAACUUAUGUUUUCUUAAACGAACUCGGCUUUAAGCUGUGCAGUGCUUCUUCCGAAGCGGUGCAACAAAAUGGCAGGAACUAGCUAGUUAAGUACUGCACUGGUUCGGCAUGAUCGAAUGUAUAACAGUGCGCAGUAAAAUUCUGAUUUGUGACAGAAAGUAUUAACGGUGUGCGGAUGACAGAGAAGUG